AUGUCCGACUAUGAAGAUGAUAUGGACGUGGACGUCGCGCCCGUCAAGAAUAAAGAGAUACAAUUCAGUGCAGAUGGCAAUGCUGGUAAACAGAAGCGCAUAGUCGCUGAUCUGCCUGUAGAGGCUGAGGACAAUCUACCAUGGGUUGAGAAGUACCGGCCAAACACCCUGGACGACGUCUCCGGUCACCAAGACAUCCUCGCAACAAUCAACCGAUUCGUGGAACAUAACCGACUGCCUCAUCUCCUCCUCUACGGCCCGCCUGGCACUGGCAAGACUUCUACGAUACUGGCGCUGGCAAGACAGAUAUAUGGUGCCAGGAACAUGCGACAGAUGGUUCUUGAACUCAACGCCUCAGACGACCGUGGUAUUGACGUUGUGCGGGAACAAAUCAAGACCUUCGCAUCCACAAAGCAGAUCUUCAGCUCGUCAACACAACAAAAUGCAGGUGGACCGAAGCUUGGACUCGGUGCCUUCAAGUUGAUCAUACUCGACGAAGCAGACGCCAUGACUUCAGCGGCGCAAAUGGCUCUUCGCAGAAUCAUGGAGAAAUAUACUGCCAACACACGGUUCUGCAUCAUUGCAAACUACACACACAAGCUCUCGCCAGCGUUACUCUCGCGGUGUACGAGGUUUCGAUUCUCACCGCUCAAAGAGGCGGACAUUCGGCGGCUGGUCGACCUCGUGAUCUCGCAGGAGCACGUCAACAUCACGGCCGACGCUGUGGAUUCACUGGUCAAGUUAUCGAAAGGGGAUAUGCGGCGAGCGUUGAAUGUCCUGCAAGCAUGCCAUGCUGGAUCGAGACCACUGCCCAUGCGAGGUCAGCCUCCAGUAAAGGAGUCCGAAAUCAAGUACGAACUGAUCACGAACGACACGGUUUAUAAUUGUAUUGCGGCGCCCCAUCCGGAGGAUAUCCGGUUGAUUAUGACGACAAUGCUGAGCACACCCGACCUGACGGAGUGCCUGCGGACGAUCACUGCUCUGAAGAGUAGUCGUGGGCUUGCGCUGGCCGAUAUCCUCACAGCUCUGGCUGAAGAACUGCAGACCCUUGAGGUCAGCGCUCCUACUAGAGUGACGUGGUUACAGGGCCUGGCAGAGAUUGAGUUCCGACUAGCGGGUGGUGGAAGUGAAGGUGUGCAAACCGGCGGGAUGAUUGGUGUCGUAAGGACAGGAUGCGAACUCAUGGGCGAGAAGGGGGUCGGUGAAAGGAUGAGUGUCGACGGAUGA